AUGUCCUCACGGAUGCUGUCACGCCUACUCCCAGUGGCCGAGGGCGAUGUCUCAGUAUAUGAGAGCGUGCGUCGAGAUGCAAUAAGGCAGCCAGACAUCGAGGCGCGCCCACGCACUGCGAAUCAUGAACGGUUUCACGAUGAAGAUGAUGAUGAUCCAGAGGCUCUAUUGUACGACGAUGUGACAGACGACGGACCUUCGCAAAGUGCUACAGUCAGUCCAGAGAUAAGAGGUGCCGAUCUAUGGCUCGGCAAGAAAGGUAGCAGGAAGGCAGACGAGGAUGAAGAUGUUCCCGAAUCGCUGUUGCUCGAGGACCGCACAAGGAGGAAUGCACCCCAGCAAGCCCCAGAGAGCUCACAGGGUCGGACGGAGGCACAGUGGAAAGCUGCACAGCAACAACGCUUGCAUGCGUCUGUGAUGCCUGGAAGACCAAGAACGAGCUCAUCCAGACCUCAAACUGCUACAACUUCACCCCCUCAGCCCAAUCCUCAGACGGCAGCCACCUGGCAAUACACAAAUGCGCACAACCUCGACGCAUUCGUACUUGAGGUAUAUCAGUAUUAUACCGGCCACGGCAUCUGGUCUAUAUGCUUGUCACGAGCCAUCAAUCUUACGACCGAGCUAUUCGUCUUCAGCUUCGCCACUUUCCUCACCACUUGCGUCGACUACACCAAAGUACCAACGAGCAAAUCGACAGGCGAAGUCAUGAUACCAAAAUGCAUGGCCAAAGCUCCAUGGUGGAAGAAUGCCCUAAUGUUCCUCUUUAUCAUCUACUGGCUAGGCCAAUCUGUCAGAUAUAUCGGAGAUGUACGACGACUGCUGCGCAUGCACACCUUCUACAGCCACGUCCUCGGUAUCGGUGAUCAAGACAUACAAACUGUGUCCUGGGUCCGAGUAGUGGACGGUAUAGUCAAGCUACACAACGCCAAUAUCGCCACGGCCGACCCAGGACCAGCCGUGCGCAAGUAUGCCAAGUACAGCAAACCACAACAGCGCAUGAAUGCUGAAACGAUCGCGAAUCGCCUAAUGCGUCAGGCAAAUUAUUACGUGGCAAUGUACAACAAGGAGAUCUUCGACUUUCACCUCCCCGUCCCAUUUCUUGGCCAACGACAUUUCUACUCCAAAAGUCUAGAAUGGGGCAUAGACUUCUGCCUUACCAACUUCAUCUUCGACGAACAAGGCAGUAUUCGCCCCUUCUGUCUCGAAGUCCGCAACCGGCAAGCCCUAGUACAAGCUCUCCAAACACGUCUCCGCUUCGCGGCUCUAACCAGCAUCCUCGUCGCACCUCUCAAUAUCAUGCGCUUCUGCGUCUACUUCUUCUUCAGGUACUACACCGAGUUCUCCCGCAACCCGUCGAAAGCCAGCGCGCGCUCUUUCACGCCUUUCGCCGAGUGGAAGAUGCGCGAGUUCAAUGAGUUAGAUCACCUAUUCGAGAGAAGGAUACGGCAGGCUUAUCAGCCUGCUAAUCAAUACCUGCGACAGUUUCCGAAGGAUAAGGUGGAUCAGAUCUGCCGCUUUGUUGCUUUUAUUACCGGCGCUAUUGCCUCUGUGCUUGCCCUGGCCACGCUGUUCGACCCGGAACUCUUCCUCGGCUUCGAGGUGACGCCCGGGCGUACAGCGGUGUUCUGGCUAACAGUCAUGAUCGGGGUCUUUGGCGUGGCACAAGGCUCCUUGCCUGACGAAGACGAAGUGCAUGAUCCCGUCCUGCAUCUUAGAGCGGUGUUGUUCUACACCCACUACAUCCCAUUCCACUGGAAAGACCGUCUACAUAGCACAGAAGUCCGGUCCGAGUUCUCGGCUAUGUACCAGCUGAAAAUAACCAUCUUCGCAGAGGAGAUCUUGAGUCUGAUCGUUGCUCCACUCAUCCUUCUGCGCAACGCGGGCAAGAGAAGCGAACGCAUCAUCGAUUUCUUCCGCGAGCAGACGGUGCAUGUCGAUGGUAUAGGUCACCAAUGCAAUUUCGCCGUCUUUGGUUUCAAGAAAGAUCUCAAUGCUGCCGAUCCUGAAACUCUACUGGAAGAGCCCGACGGUCUGCGGGACGAGUACUUUGGGUUGAAGGAUGAUAAGAUGGCUGCUUCGGUGCAGAACUUCAUGCAGUAUUAUAGCCAUUACAACCAGCAGCGGCAGCAAGGGACGAAGCGAGGAUGGCAGCCACCGCCUGCUUGGCCGCCCAUGUUGACUUCUGAUGCAAUGGGCGAAGAGAGUACGGGGAAAUACACGCAUUCGGCUGUUCCUGGCCGAGUCACACAGAUCAAGCGCUCGACAGUCCUGGAUCAGCCAUCGAAACGACGGCCGGGUGCCCGUGAUUGGCCUGCGCAAGCCGGUGUCGAUCGUCGACCAAACAACAGAUCUGGUCGCGUCGAGAAUAAAUUCCUGAAUGUAGCGAGUCCGCCUAGUAUGCAUGCCGUAAGUGAGAGUGUCAUGAUGCAGAACGAUAGCGAUUUGCAUGAGAUGCUCCAGCAGCCUGUUGGGAGGGAGGAGGGGACGGAGAGCGAUACUGAUGCCGAUGAGAAUGGGAAUGGGAAUGGGAAGAAGGAUGAGGUGGGGAAUCCGGGGGUGUUGGGGAUGCUGUAUCAGUUUUCUAAGGCACAGGCGGAGAGGGGAGGUGGGGUGGGUAUAUGA